AUGAAGCAGGUCAAGAGCUUUCAGUUCACUGUGAAGGCCACAAUGAGACUCAAAGGACAUUUCAAGAGGGCUGGAUCCUCAUUGGCCCUCCUGGCCCUGCUAGAGCCCUAUUCUGCCACAUUACUGGUUCUUGAGAAGACAACAUCACUGAUCAGAAGCAAAGGCUACUGGUCCAUGCUGAGAAGAAAGCUGCCGGAAGAGGAGACAUACCAACUAAGAGACUACCUGUCCUUCAAGCAGAGUUUCCCAGUGUUCACAGUCACCAUGAUGCUACUCAGAAAAGACACUGUUCUCCAGAUAACAGGGUUUGCUGCAGCCAUCCUUGCAGUGUCUCCAUGGGCUUUCCUCAGUGGCAAUUGUCCAGUGUUCAUCAUGUUUAUCAACAAAAAUUCCAAUCGACGAAUAGGAGGUUUUGCUUUGUCCACAAUAGCAUGGAUUCUUUGCUCCACCUCCAUGGGUCUUCCGCAGUGGCGAGUGUGGUAUUUCAAGGAACCCAUAAACUCUUACCCUCGGGUGGCCUUUGUGGGAAUGUGGAAAGCCUGCAUCUAUCACCAUGUCAACUUCAGUAAUAUUAGAAUGUGUCACCAUUACAGCUACUAUGACACCUUCAUCCCUUUGGAUAUUCGUGUUUCUCAACACCUGUUGCUAAUUACCAGCAUUUUAUGGGUGGUUGGAAAAGUUGCUACUAUUAUUGUUCUUAGAAAUGUGUACAUGGGAAGAGAAGAACAGAAUGUCACCCAAAAUGCUUUUUGCCUCUCAGCGAUUCUGAGCAUCAUUGCCAGUAGCUUUGUCUUCCUUGCUGUUUUGUGUAAUUAUUUCUCCAUCAUAAACAGAGAAGGGAUUAACUUUCCACGAUCUUUCCGUAUUCCCUUUUACCCACAUACAGAGAAAGUUGGUGUUGCCAUGGUAUUGGCAUUUCUAGCAGCCAUUCUGUUUUUGUGCAGUGGUACAGUUUGUAUUGCAGCAACAAAAUGA